AGCGUGAAACGUCGAAUCAGUGAGCGUCGCGACGCCCGCGGCGCAGGUUGUACUGCCUUCUCUCUUCUUACGGCGAGACCUGUAGUAUACGGCAUUAACAUUCCGGAGCAAUUUGGAACGAUUAUUAUGGGGCAUCUCAGCGGCGGCUAAAUGGGGGCCGAUCAGCAUUUUCGUGUGACUUUGUCCCUCAGGAGGGAACCGGGUGCCGGUCCGGUCUACUGCAAGAUGGAAACGUCCGCCCGGUUCCGACAGCUGAAGACGGUCAAGCUGAGCUGCGAGGCGACCUACCGACUCGACAUCAGUUUCAAGCCGCCGCAACUGCUGCAGUCCCUGAGUAUUGGAGGAAAACCGGUGGAGGCAAUCGAGCGCGCGAGAGACGGCACGGCGUGCGCGUACAGCGCUUAUCACAGCACGAAGGACAUAGCGGCGAGCGCGCGCGGCCACCGGGAGGAUCUGCCGAUCGCCAUGCGGGUACUGGGCUCCGGUUACCUGUCCACGUGUCUGCAGAUCAAGUACUACCGGUUGGAUGAUCAGAGCCACUGCGAGUGGGGCGCCAGACUGCACUGCAUCGAGCUCGAUUGCUCGAGCGUCGAGGGACGUCUCGUCACGGUGGAUCGGGAGACCUACAGAAAGCUCGGCAUCGAGUCCUAACAUCAAAUCCAGUCUC